AUGCUGCGCAUGGGCAGAUGUGAGGUGCUCUCCAGCGUGGAACGCGCUGCCCUGCUGUUUGCUGAGGCAGAUUUCUUGCGAACCACGCAGGCACCAGGGGUUCUUGGCAACGGGGGCGUCCCCGGGCCAGCCAGGGAUGAGAUGGACUCCUUGGUGCACAGGGGCCAAAGAUUCCUGAUACAAGCCUACCGCCACAUGAAGGCCUCAUCGCCUCCCCAUCUCACUUCCUUCUUCGGGCUCUUCGCGGUCCUGGGCAAGACGCCGGUGCCGCUUUUUGAGCUCCUGGAUCGACUGGACAGCCAGGUCUUAGAAGCCCUGCACCUGGUGGACUCGCUGACCCAUCCUGAUACGCCCUUCUUCGUGCAUGUGCUGCCUACGCCGAAUGUGGAGUCCAACCACGUCAGGGCGUUCUUUGAGCUGCAUUGUGAUGCAGACUUCAAGAGCGUUGUUGAGGAGCACCAGGACAUUCAGCGACCCCUGACCAUCGUGGAGGUCGGGACGCAUCUCGGAGGGUGCGUGUUGUGGGCGAUGACCCAUCUGCCCCCGCAGACGCGCGCCCUGGCUGUCGAUGCAUACGGCCCGGCGGUGGCAGCGCUGAAGCGCACUGCUGAGGCAAAUGGUCUGGCAGACGUCUACAGGAUUGUUGAAGAUGAGUACUCCGAUUUUCCACUUGUCCGUCCACCUUCAUUGAAGAAUCACAAGGUGCAUGGCAGCUUCCCAGGAUACAUUCUCCAUGAUUCGCAUGGGGGACGAUUGUCCAUGUACGACCUCAGCGUCUGCGGGGACCUGCCUUCUGAGAAACCUUCAUGUGGCUCUUGCGCAGACUGGAACGUCUCUGGUGCAGCCUUCAUGGGCGGAGGCCUGGGAGCAGUGCUAAGCCAUUUUGAUCUGAUGCUGAAGGGGACAGACGUCGCAGGAGAUGGUAAUUACUUCUUCAUGAUGAUCAUCGCAACAGAAGAUUCCGAGUCGCAGACAGUCGAGUGCACGAGCUUGGAGAACGUGUUCGAGGAGCACUCCAUCACACAGGUGGACCUGAUGCGCAUCCAUGUGCUGGGCCGCGAGUAUGACGCGCUGCGUUCGGGCGAAAGCUUCUUCAAGACGGGGAAGGUGAAAGUCCUGGCAGCCUCUGUCACACAGAAGAACAUCGGCCCUGGGGCCAUGGCAAAGAUGCUUCUAGGUCACGGCUAUGCCCUCGAGUUCCUUCAGUUCCGGGACCAGGAUGUGGUGACCAUCUUGAAUGAGCAGCAGAUCCUGCCCAAAA